GUAGCAUAGGCUGCAACCGAGAGGCGCAGUUGAGUGGCGAAGAAGUUGGUUUCAUACGCGCAACCGAGUUGGUAUACUGUCUACCUUGUUCAUUCCGUACCUCGUCCAAGAGUUUUACCCUUUGCUUGAAUCAUGGACCACGUUAUCCCAGGCAGAGGCCUCAAAGAGAAGAACGAGAAUCUGGAGAAGGCUAUCACAAACGGGGUCCUCAAAGAGAAGUACGAGAAACUGGAGAAGGUCGGAGAGGGUCGUUUCGGAGUCGUCUAUAAAGCUUUGAAUCUGAGGACGAGAGAACUGGUGGCCAUGAAGAGUAUCAGAAUGGAGAUGCUCCCAGCCAAUGCCGGAAUGCCGGUCUUUAUCAUGAGAGAGCUGUCCAUUCUACGAGGAUUGAAGCAUGCUAACAUUGUGCGCUUGUAUGAAGUAUUCCACAACAAAAAUCAGCUCUAUCUGGUUUUCGAAUACAUGGAUUGUGACCUCGCCGGUUACAUGAGGACGUGCUUCAACCGUCUCACGCCCUUUGUGAUCAAAACCUUCAUGUAUCAGAUCCUCCUGGGAGUUCAUUACUGUCAUCAAAGUAAUGUGAUGCACCGUGAUCUGAAACCGCAGAAUCUGUUGAUUGAUAGGUCUUCCUUGAGAUUGAAAAUUGCAGAUUUUGGUCUUUCUCGACGCUUUCAUCUUCCUGGUAAUCAGAACACACUGUAUGCCUUCAGCCAAGAAGUGGUGACUCUGUGGUAUAGAGCUCCCGAGCUUCUUCUUGGUACCACGGUUUACUCGACAAGUAUUGAUAUGUGGUCAGUUGGAUGUAUAUUUGCCGAAUUGGCACUCGGACGGCCUUUGUUCCUAGCAAUGUCGGAGAUCGGGAUGAUUAUGAAGAUCUUCCACAUCAUGGGAACACCAAAUGAAACAUCAUGGCCUGGAGUCAACUCACUGACUGAUUUUCAUCCACGUUUUCCCAAGUGGAAGGGCCUACGAUUGGAGGUAGAAUUACCACGUCUAGACCCUGAUGCCAUUGAUCUUCUGUACAGGAUGCUAAACAUGGAUCCGAACUUUCGCAUAACAGCUCAGGAAGCACUCAACCAUGAGUACUUUUAUGAUCUUAAUGUUGCUGAUUUUGCGGACCCGCACGAAGAUACUGAAGAGAACGAUGGCCUCAGUGGUCAUGAUAACAACGAAGUCAUAGACAGUCCAGAUUGCCUUCUGGCAGCCAUGAAGAAGCAUGUCCAUCCUUGAUUGAGUACCGUCCCAUGAUUGAUUGAGUACCGCACAAUGUACAUUACUACUCUGUAGCUCAUUGUAGAUGGAUACAGAUUCAGGAGCUCUAUAGGUCACCCACAUUGUUCUUUCAUAUUCAGUAUUUCAUCGUAGAUUGAUUCAACAUCCAGUAGCAUUCCAACUCUUGCAAAGUUUGUUCUCCAAUUUAUGGAGUGACGGUCUAGAGCUUUUGUAUAUUGAGCCGAAAUCUAGGAAUAUCACUGUGGUGAUGUGCUCACUCAGUGUAAUAUGUAUAUUUCAUUUGUAAUUCUCAUUCGAAAUUUACAUAUUAUUAUAAGAUUUA